AUGACUCAAUCGUGGUUCUACAAAAGGUUGGGAAAUGGCCUCGGCACAAAGAUUCUCCGCACAUGGCUCGUCUACUCUCCAACGAAGGGCGCAGCUUACUGCUUCUGCUGCCUUCUCUUCGCCAGAGCUGAUGGACACAAUUCAGCACUGACGUCCUCCCAAGGAUUCACGAAGUGGAAAAAUAUAGAAAGGAUGGAUGCUCAUGAAAAUGCUCCGUCUCAUAGAGCCUGUUUCGCUGAUUGGAAAGAGCUCGAAAGAAAUCUGAGAACUAAUAGCGCUAUCGAUAUCGAAGUGCAAUCAGUGUAUGCAACCGAGAAACAGAAAUGGAGGUAUGUUCUCAGCAGAAUAAGUCACUGCAUCAAAUUCCUGGCUACACAGAAUUUGCCACUCAGAGGCCACCGGGAAAACCAAUGCGAAGACGUGGGUAAUAUCGGGAAUUUUCUCGGCCUAAUGAAGCUCGUCGCAAACUUCGACCCAAUCAUCAAGGACCACAUGACUCGCUCUCGGGGAAAUCCGGGCUCGACGUCCUAUCUGGGGUCUAGAACGCAGAAUGAGCUCAUUCAUCUCAUGGCAGGACAAGUGAAGGAAAAACUCCUGAGAAAAAUCAGAAAGGCCAAAUAUUACGGGAUUCUCGUGGAUUCCACACCCGAUCUUGCUCACAGAGAGCAACUUUCGUUCGUGUUGAGAUAUGUCAGGAAGUCUUUCCUCGGCUUCGUUCAAGUACAUGAAAAGAAUGCUGAGGCAUUGGUAGCGACGAUCUUGAAAAAACUUGAGGACGACAAGCUGGAUUUCGGGAACUGCCGGUCCCAAUGCUAUGACAAUGCCGCCGUCAUGGCCGGUCACCGCUCCGGUGUGAAUCAACGGCUGCUCGAGAAGAAUGGUUUAGCGUUAUUCGUGAAUUGUGAUAAUCAUUCCCUCAAUCUAGCCGGCUUGCACUCUGCCCGCAGUGAACCAGCAAUGAUUAGCUUCUUCGCGACUAUUGAAGCCCUGUACGCCUUCUUUUCCCGUUCGACUCUGCGAUGGGAGAAGUUGAAAAAGACGAUCCCCGUCGGACUGAAACGCGAGUCUGAAACAAGAUGGAGCUCUCGCAGCGAUGCUGUCAAAGUAGUCAGCACGCAUGUCAGGGAGAUUAUCGAUCUCCUGGAUAAAAUGUCUGAUGACUCCUGCGACUCGGUAGAAACUAGAAGUGAGGCACGUCAGUUAUUCACCCGCAUGGUCUCGUAUGAAUUCUUGACGCUUCACGGCUUCUGGAAUAACCUCCUGAGCAGAGUCGAUAGGGUCCAGAAGAGACUCCAGGAUCCCUCCAUGAAUUUCCAUGAAGCUGCCAAUGAUCUGUCGUCUCUGAAGAACACCUUCUCCAGAGAAGGAUGCGAUUUCGUAGACGCAGCCAUCACUGAUGGCCAAUGCCUCUGCGAUGAAUACGAUGUAGCAUUCGAGAAACGCAAUAGGAGAAGAAGAAGUAUGCCAGAUGAACACCGAAACUCUGAAAUCUCCGCUAUACAAGAAAUGCGCCGUGUUAUGUACUCAACGAUCGACCGGCUUCAGCGAGAAAUGAGAGAAAGGUUCGAGCGACUGACAAACCUAGACAAUACUUUCGGGUUCCUUCUCGACACUCAGCGGCUACUACAAGGCCAGCUGAACGAAUUGAGGUCCGAUUGUUUGUCAUUUGCGAAUAUGUAUUCGGAUGAUGUCGACGGUAACGACUUAUACAGAGAGAUAUGUGAUUGUAGGAUGUUAGUCAGCGUGCGGGAGGAGUUACGAUUAAGGAAACCCGAAGAACUCCUCAAUUUCAUCAUAGAAUACGGCGACGAGAGUGUCUUCCCCAAUCUUCGGGUAGCGAUACAAAUACUACUGACGAUUGCCGUCUCGAUCGCCAGUUGCGAGCGAUCCUUCAGCAAGCUUAAGCUCAUCCUAUCAUACCUCCGAGCGUCAAUGGGGCAAGACAGACUGAUUGAUCUCUCUAUCAUGAGCAUAGAGAGAGAAGUCACCGAGGACACCGACUUCGAAUCUUUAAUCGAUACCUUCGCUUCGGUGAAGGCUCGAAAAGUCGUAUUUUAA